UCUAAUGCCUGAUGAGAAAGCAACCCAGUAUCCCCUAGUCAAGCUUUGCCUCAAACAUCACGAUGAAAUCUUUCUGGUACUACAAAAGGAGAAGCAGCAAGGAUACGCACGAAACUCUAGACAGCGGGCAGUAGCUAUGGUUAUCAAAGAGUCGCAGGCAAUUGGAUUAAACGCGCGCAAAGCUAUCAUGCUUAACCAAGAGGAACUUACCAGAAGUUCUUUGACAGAAGUGAUGCAAGAACGCGGCAUGGCGAAUCCUGUACGAAAUUGUGCUGGUGGACGAAAUGCCUGCAUCCGAAAGGCUGUCAUCCCCAAUGAUCAGCUGAGUGUCGCUACUCAUAAACAUUUGUGUCAUAAGAAGCUCGCAAAUUGGGAAGAGACUUUCGAAACGUUGACUUGCAGAGCGAAAGCUCUAAGACGGCUGCAGUCAAAUAUCAAGGCUGGUUGGGUCGUCGAUCACGAGCGCUUGGCUUUAUUAUGGGAGAAUAUUAAGAUGCAGACGGCUGAACUGCUGCGCUUCACUAAUGCCAUGCAGUCAAGGAUUGCAAAUGUCCCUGAACCAGAAGUGUCUAUCGGAGAGCCGAAUACAUGUGAGCACCCACUGUCGCGACUUCAUUCACAAAGUCCUGAACUGGAAAAUCUGCAAAAGAACGUUGCCGAAGCAAACGUCGUGUGUCGAGAAAUGCACGCGAUUGCUACGCAA